CAGUCCAGUGAGGGCCACUGAAGUCUUGGGUGUGGGGCAUAGGCAUGUGCUCAGAUGCACCUCCCCCGUGAAAACCUGCUGACUUGGGUAGUGCACUGCAGCUGGGGAGGUUCAGCGUGGGCACAGGCAGGUGAGGUGGAAGCUAAAAUAAGAACAGAAGUAGUAGUGAUAAAGGCAAGCACUUAAUUAGUGCUCCUCGCUAUUAGCCAUUGUUUCAGGCACUUUACCCGGGAUGCUUUAUUUAGUUCUCACAAAGCCCUAUGCAACAGGUGCUUUUCACCCCAUUGUAUAGAAAAGAAAACAGACCAGAGAGGUUAAGUGACUUGCCCACAUUGCUCAGCUUAAGCAGGUGGGGAAGUUAGACAGCCGGCUUCCAGGUGUUCCCUGGCGCUCCUACAACGAAGGAGCUGGGGAGGCACACGUGCUCCUGUAAGGCUGUUGUAGGGCCGACUUGGCCUGGGAGGAUUCCUAACGGGACCCCGCUAGCUGGUGGCAGUGCCCUGGCUCUUAUCUGAGUCCCCAGUCCGUCCGGCGUCCGCCUUCGCCAACUUCCCUCCGUGUCCCUGCUGAUUCACUUUGCUGCCUGGUCCCACCACAACCCAGCCAUGGCCUUGGUUCUGCAGCUGCUGCCUCUGCUGCUCCCCAGGGCCCAGGGGGACAAAGCAGCUUCCCUGGACGGCCGCCCUGGUGAUCGCGUGAAUCUCUCCUGCGCGGGGGUCUCACACCCAGUCCGCUGGGCCUGGGCACCUAGCUUCCCCGCAUGCAGGGGCCUGUCCAAAGGACGCCGCCCAAUCCUCUGGGCCUCUUCCGGCAGGACACCCACGGUGCCUGCGCUCCAGCCCUUUGCCGGCCGCCUACGCUCCCUGGAUCCCGGGAUCCGGUGGCUGGAGCUGCUCUUGAGCACAGGGGACUCGGGCACUUUUUUCUGCAAGGGCCACCACAAGGACGAGAGCCGCACGGUGCUUCAUGUGCUGGGAGACAGUGCCAACUGCAGGGCCCAGGGGCCCACGCACGGCGCUCGCCCCCGCAUCCGCCUCGACCACUCCCCAGUUUUGGUGAGACUAACUCCACCCCAUUCUCCUUCUCCCACUUGCAUAUUCCCUAACCCUUCAAUUUCCGAGUUUGAGCCCUCACUGGGAGCAGACAAGUUGGUUCCUUUCUCCUCAUCCUUCAGCUCUGUCCCACCACAUAGCUCCACUCGUGAAAGUGGAACCCCAGAGUCCAGUAAAGCAGGAGGAGGAGGAGCCCACCAGCCCAGGGGACCUGGACCAGGAGCCGAGCCUGCUCUACGCCGACCUGGACCACUCGGCCCUCAGGAGGCCCCGCUGGCUGUCCACAACCGUCCCUGGGGAUGCCUCCACAGUGUAUGCGGUUGUGGUUUGAAGAGAAACUCCCACCCAAGCUGAGAGUCCUUCGCCCUCCAUAACCCCCCUCCCUUUCUUGGUCCCUCAACUAGAAGAGGUCAGUACCAUGGGAGAGAAACGAGCGCUAUACUGGGAGUCAGGAGAUCCAAGGUCCGGGCUGUCUUUGCCUUUGACCUUGCUCCUUCGCUUACUCCCAUCUCUGCUGUAACUUCCACGCCUCCUUCGUCACCAGUGUUCUCUCUAAACCUGAUCGAAGCCCAUCUCCCCAUCUUAAGGCAUCAACAACUCCCAGCUCCCAGACAGGUGCUGUAACUCUUCCCUUCUCAAUCAAGCAUCUUUUUUUUUUUCUUUUCCCAAUCAAGCUUUUCUCAAUCAAGCUUUCUGAGCCAGAGCCGUACACCUGCCUCUUCUAUUUUCUUCUCCUUGGCUUUAUCCUCAUUGCUCAUCCUCUGAAAUUGUCCAUCUGCUCUCUGUGAGGCUGCUAGGAUGUCCUGGUGGAGAUAUUUAUUUUUCCACGUUCUCCUGGCUUGGCCUUUGAUGACUCCCUUGUUUAAACUCCGGGUUCCUCUGCUCUGGCAUUCUCUUUCUGGACUUUUUCUUCCUGGCACUCUAUGCGCUCAGGGUAUUCCUCAUCCUUCUAGAUUCUCCCCAGGCUUUCUCUCCCUUCCCCCUCUUUUGGGAAGUUCUCAUUCACAGCCCCCACCUCUCAAGUGACACCAAGAACUCUUCUCUGUCCAGCUCAGAUCUCAGACCUGGGCUUUCCAAUCAGUCCCUUGAGCCUGGCUGGCCCAAGGCAUUGCGCACACAGCAUGGGCAACCCAACGCGUUGUCAUCUCCCAACCCAGUUUCUUAACCCUCCUCUGCAUUGGCCCAAUCAACCCAGUUGCCCAAGCCAGAAACUGGGAGUCAUAUAGAUCUCCCUUCCUGCCUCCCUCCCACACAGUGAGCCAUGGAGUCACACCUUUACAAUGUCCCUGUCAAGUCUCCACUCUUGUCUGUCCAGCACUGGCAUCUGAAUGUCCUCUCUGUGUUGCCUUCCUGAGCUGCCCGUAGCCACUGUGUCGUCCAGCCAUCCUGGGCUUCCUCCCUGGAGCUGGGAGAUCCUCCCCAAGUGGGACUCUCUCCUGACAGCCUGCAGUAUUUGUCUCUCGGGACCCUUUGGGCCCUGGCUUUGUCCAGUCUCCCGGCUUAUCGCUGACACCUCACACGCACACAGCAUGCCAACCUUAGAGGCGCCCUCCUCAGCCCCAGAAUGCGCUUUUGCUUAAUGCAAAUCCUUUGGCCCGAUGACUCUCCCCCUUCUCUCCACGGCCCGACGUGCUAAUUCUUAUUUAUCCUCAGGACUCAGUUCCAGUGUACCUUCUUCUGGAGAGCUGUUCCUGCGCCCCUACCCCUCCUUGCCCACCACUGUGUACACUUUGAACUGCCUUAUUUCUCUCAAAGAAACAGCCUCUUGCGACUUGUUCCAUCACAACCUGUAUUCCGUGUGUAAGGCAUUUCCGUGCCCUGUGAGCUCCCUGACGAGGAGACUGACCCUUCUGGUACCACUGCUAAGCCUCAGUAAAUGAAUAAAUGAGAGGGACUGUC